AUGAACUUUCUCGACGCUUACCUUCUAUCUCCUGGAUCUAUCCUAGUGGGAGUGGUGACGAUUGCGUUUCUAGUGAAUGGCGCAUGGGGAAAACUGCAGCGACAAAAGACGGAAAAGUUCGCAGUUCCAACUGACAACCAUCGAGAAAAUGGUGAAAUUUCUGUUUCGAAAGAACCUGAUGUUCCGAGCGGAUGGUGGGAUAGCCCCGAUGUGUUCGAGUUAGAACGUCGCGCACUCUUCAGUAAAACAUGGAUUUACCUUGCAAAUAGCACACAGUUCCCCAAACGCGGUGCAUAUCAGUCCUUUGAUCUUGCGGGAUAUCCCGUCUUUCUGAUUCGAGGGAAGGAUGAUAUGAUCCGAGCAUUCCACAAUGUAUGUCGGCACCGGGCAUAUACUAUCACCCAGAAAGAAAUUGGCGCAUCAACUGUGCUUGGGUGUCGGUAUCAUGGCUGGAGUUACGAUACCUAUGGAAAAUUAGUCAAGGCGCCGAAGUUCGAGGAUGUUCCCGGCUUUGUUAAAUCUGAGAAUAGCCUUUUCGAGAUCCAUACGCAUACCACAGAGCGUGGAUGGGUUUUUGUUAAUUUGAAUGCUGGGGAGCCGGCUGCUUUCAAGGAUUAUACGAGUGUUGUCUUGGAAGGAUUUGCUCGGGGCGCUGGUCUAGGAAGGACUUUCAAGUGGGUGACUGGGCAGACACUGACGGGGACCUUGAAUUGGAAAUUUGGAAACACCAGCCACUUCACCGAUCUUACUGAAAAGCUAGAGAAGCGAAUCUCCGAGACUCUGAAACCGUCUUUUGCGACGCAGUUGGUCCGAGCUGUAACCCAAAAGAACAACCAGGCGAAAUGCUCAAUCUUCCCAACCACAUUCAUAUAUUCUUUCGAACAAGCCGAUCUAUGCGUCACAGUGACAUUCCUCCCAAAGUCAGAGAAGACCACACAAAUCAGAUACGAUCUUUUUGAUUCCUCCUCGAAAGCCGAAACAGACGAAAAUGCUCUUGCGAAUUCUGUAGGAGAUGUUCUUCAGAACUUUGUCAAGGACUUGGAGAUUGAUUUUGCAUCGGUUGAUGGGAGAUCCUCUGGAAGUUCCUCCGCUACCUGUAACAUUUUGAAAGAGAUUCAAGAGCAUCAGAAACUUGAAAAGAUGAAUGGUGGUCAGAUUCUUCCCGCUAUGCGCCAGCCAAAGGGGAGCUCGCUUUUUCAAAAGGCAGAACAAUUGUGUAAAGAGCUUGACUGCUCUGGUCCCGGAUCGAACGGAAAUGGGUCUGGGGGGUUGGACUGGUAG